AUGAGCCCUCUCCCCGAGACUCACCAUGUUCUGCACACCUUGCUGCGACGGGAAGAGCUCGAUAAUCCCAACGACCGGCCCUCGGACCCCAAUGGCCUUGUGCUCGAGGCCUGGGCCCAAGGAUACAUGGUGGGCUCGCUCAUCAUCAUGUCGUGUAUAACCCUGGCCAACAUGCGACGGGGCGUCCUGCUUCAUAAGUUGAUUUUGCUCGAGCUCGUCCUGGGUUACUGGCAAGGGUUCUUUAUACUUUUCACCCCACCGGUCUAUGCCUGGUGGCUUUCCGUCGCGGCAGUGCCCCUCAAUAUAUCCUGGUCUCUCCAUAACGUGAUCGCAUGGAUGAAGUUGCGGCCAUUUCUCAGCAAGACAGGCAGCCGUCUCUUCAUUGGCUCGGUCAUUUUGGUGCAGCCAUAUUGGGUGGUGGAAAUAUAUGCCAACUUCGCCUACUUCCACAACAUAAAUAAUAUCUUCCUGAAGACGAGACCAUGGGAGGCGCUGUGUCGUGAUCCUUGGUGGAUCCUGGCCGCUUGUCUUCUUAUAUACAACAUCAAAACCAAAUACGACCUCACCAUCACCCAAAUUGUGCGCAUCUCCCCACGGUUCGCCGUCAUGCUUGGAGCCAUGGUUCUGAGUAUCUGUUUCAUCGUUCUCGAUGUGCUCUCGGUGACCGCCGCCCUCAAAUCCGUCCUCCCUGUGGGCAUCAAUCCUUUCUGGAAGUUAAGUUUUGUCUUCAAAUGCUUGACGGAUUCAGUUGUGUUGGACGACUUCAAGACCGCCCUGGACCGUCUACGAGCGUUCAAAAUAAGCCGCUUGGGCAGUUUCGCCAUGGAUGGCGCUGAUGUUCGGAAUAAGAAGCAUGAAGAGGAAGUAAGGAAAGCCAACGGAUGGGGAAGUCCGCCAUCAACCGGGGACAGGCCGCAGCCAGUCGGUACUCUGCCGUCCAUGCCCAGUCCUGACGAUGAUUAUGUUCAACCCCAUUGGGAGGAGCUCAAACAGGGCCAUUCCCACCAUGUGGAGGACGAGCAGUUUGCCCAUAUUGCUAGAAACGCGUCUCGGGACCGUGACGUCGAAGAAAAUGGCUUUGAUGCCAUCGAUUAUGCCGAUCCACGACGAGAGGCCAGCGAUACGUACAUGCUGCGCCCGCAAUCCGGCUGGCAAGACCGACGGUUGUCAGAUGACACAACGGACGCCGACCUGGAUUAUGCCAUGGCUGUUCGACAGGUGACCAACGAGUCCAUGCAACAACAACGCAUGCGAGACGCAACCACACGGCCGGCCAAGUGA